AUGACAUCACGAGAAGAUAGUGUAUUGGCCCCCAGAGACCCGUCGCUCACAGACGAGAACGACUGGGAAGAAUUCAGCUUGUCUGAGGUCAGAAUCCUGCUCCCUGGCAAGUCGCGUUAUGCCAGCCUUCUCACGGCCACUCCAGAGAACCCAGUUCAGGUAACUGGCUGUCUGGAAGAGGUGGAGGAGGAGCAAGAAUCCUUAGUUCUCGAUCCGGACUACCUCUCGAAACGUAUCGUGCUCGAUAACGUGAGCCACUUUGCCUACGGCCAGCACAAUGACGGCGAGGUUGGAAUCUGGGUCGCGGGUCGGGCUGGCUGGUUCUCCAUCUCGCCAGCGAGGGGUUAUCGGCCAAUGUUCAACGAUGUUAUAGAGGCCAUCGAUUUGCUCUAUUUUUUAACCGACAGACACAAACCCAAGCGGAGGAAAAGGAAGCGUGGGAAUCCAAGCGUGCAAGACUUGUGUGAUGAGUAUGUCCACCACACAUACGGAAUCUGCGAGGAUGGCGAUGAUUCGGCUGAAGUUUUUUAUAAACAUCAUAAUUUUCUUCUAUCGCGUAUGCUAAAGGGCGAAGAAAAUGUCGAGUGGACUGAAACGAAUAUUUUUGCGCAUCUUUGUGAAAAGUUUCCUGAGGACUAUGAACAGCUCCGAGACAAGCAUGAAUCGAAAGAUGAAUCGAAAAGCGAACCAGAGGAAGAAAUCGACUCAGACCCCGAAUCUGAAGCCAAGGCUCCAAUCCCAGAUCCAACUACUAUCUCAAACACCCAGGCAGAUGAAGUCUAUCAGGUGAUCCUUGAUCUCAAAGAAGCGGGGCACCUAGCGAAACGUCAAUUGAACCUAGAGCUAGUUGCUUCUACUCUGGUGAAUCGCUUCGAGGUCGAUAGUAUGGAGUAUGCAAAAGACCUCAUCUCUUCCAGAGCUGCUGCCGUUAUAGAGCAUAUGGAUGAGGCGAAAACGAACAGCUUCGAUUGGUCAAAGAAGGUCAUCUACAGGGAGCUGAAAGCUUCCCUUAAGAAAAACAAAUUAGAGAACCUGGCUCUUACUCCCCUGCGACCUCGUAUAACAGAAAACGAUGCAUCGUCAGGCGAGGAAAGCGAACACGAAGAACAGCCCGGACCACGGAAUCAUCGUGUCCGCAAGUCUGUACUAAGGCCCAAGAGCUCAGUCGCCACAAAAAGAACCGGCAAACGCACACGGAGCACAGCGGCAGACUUCGACGCUCUUUCAGACGGCAACCAAGAUGCAAUGGAUGAAUUCGAAACGCCUAGCAAGGUCCGUGGCCACGACCUCGUCCGUGAUCCAUUAUCCACCCGAGCAAAGCGCCGCACUCGAUCCAUCCUAUCGGACCCCGACUCGACGACCCCUAUCGUUCAGAAAACACCCCUACAAGAGACUCUGCAGAGCCGAAAUACUUCUGUCUCCGCUGUGGAAUCGGAAACAAACCAUUCCCUGCCUGAUUUAGACGAUUCUCAUGACGACAACUUCCCAUCCGAUACUUGGAUCUGCCAGGUCCCCGGGUGUGGAAAAACUAUCCCCAAGUGCACUUCGAAGCGAGGCAAGGAAAUGGUCCAGGAUCAUUCCUUAGCUCACGCGGACGACACAAAAGCCAAGCUCGAUCUGGUUAUCGCAGAGCAGAGACUCAACGUUAACAUCCGCGUCGACAACCUCCUCAGUCGCAUUCGGGAUAUGGGAUCCCUGGAUGCAGCGUUCGCGAGCCUGAAUGGUGGGACUAACGGAGCAUCUAAUGGGAUAGGGACCUAA